GAUGCGGCAUCUAAGAGAUUCGAUAAACUUAAAAUAAGUUUAUGAAUGUAUAUGCAUUUGUAUAUACGAAAAGGAAAAAUAGUGUAAUCUUUUAAUUAAAUAAAAAAGAAAAAAAUUAAAUAUUAUUAUUUUUUAACUUAUAUUAUUUUAACUUAUUAGAAACAGAAAAUAAAUAAAAAUAUAUAGUGAAUCCAAAUAAAAAUAUCGAAAUAUGUAUCAUCGUUUUGAAAAUUUACGAGAUGAUCAAUUAAAAUUGCGCACAUUUGUUAAAGAUUUAAAUAAAGAAGAGCUUAUACAACUAAUAGAAAACAUUAUUUGUAAAUUGGAUGCUACAAAAAUAUUAGAUGAUCUUUUACAAGCAUUUUGUGAUUCUGAUGAGAAACAACGAAAACUUAUCGAAUAUGUAUUGAAGAGUUUGGGAAAAGCUAAUAUAUCUACAGGACAAGCAAAUACGAUAAUUAAUUGGAUAAUUGCUGAUUUUCCAAAAUAUUCGAAACAACAUCUUGUCAAAUUGGUCGAUUUUUGUGUUAAAAAUAUUUGCAAUGAUGCUGAUGAGUUGCAGAGUUGGAAAGAUAUAUUACCUGGUUUAUUUGAAGCAUUGGAAAAUGAAAAAUAUAUUGUUCAUGCAGAUACUGAAAUGUCAGGAAUUGAAUAUAAAUCAUUAAUUGUUAAAAAUAUAUGUAAUUAUAAUUGGAAUGUCAAUCUUUUACCAUCUUUGGCAAAAAUGUUUGGAGAUAUGGCAUUAGAUAAGAUAAAUCGUAAUGAAGUUUUGAAAACAUUAUGUUCUGCUCUUCCAAAUCUUCCUCUGGACCAAGUACCUUCUUUCACAUAUCAAACAUUAAAAUUAUGCACAAAUCGAGAUAAUCAAAAACUUUUGAAUGCCUUAUCUAAGUAUUUUAAUUUGUAUUAUUCUAAAACCAAUUUAGUCAACAAUGUAGAUAAUUUUGAAAGUAUAGAUAUAAUUAAUUUGAAAGAGAUAUAUGACAUUGAAAGCACUGUUUUAUAUCACAUAUAUCAAGCUACACAGUUAAAUCAUGAAAAUAUGAAAGAUUUUAUUCGUUUCCUUAAACAUGUGUCUUAUGCUCCAGAAUAUAUAUUACAAUCAUUUAUACUUUGUGUUUUAAUGUCAGUUUCUGAUAUAUAUGAAGAUCAGAUUUUUGAAAUAUUAAGAUUAGCUAUUGUCCACAAUACUUUUGAAAAAGAAAAGCGACAAAAUAGUGCCUGGUUAAGGCAACUUUUACCUUCUCCUUGCAAUAUAAUUGAUAUUAUUCAACAAGUCAUUGAUAGCAGCAAUAAAGAACGUCAUUUAAUAUUAAAGGGACUUACUAAUUUAGCUUUUACACUAAUGAGUGCUGAUCAAAAAUCAAAAAAUAAUGCAACAGCUAUGUGGUGUAUAGGAUCUGAAAUAAUACGAGAAAUAAUUAAAAAACAUCAUGAAACAAUUCCUAUUGUAUUACAAGAAUUAAUUAAUAAAAUAGUAGCAGGAAAUAUGCCAACAGUGCACUAUACAGAUUGUUUAAAAUAUAUGUGUCGUGAAUUGUCAAUGAUUGUUUUGGAGCAUCAGACUAUGAUUAUGAUCAUUCUUGAACGAUUGUUACUUUUGCAACCUAUAGUUGCUACUCAAGUUUUAUAUGCUAUUUUUCCAUUAAUACCUAUUUCGCCUAAUAUACGAGAAAAUCUUUUAUUAACUUUAAGAAAAGCUCUUUACAGAAAAGGCACAUCAAAACGACAAAUGGCAGUUACAGGAUUUAUUGAGAUGUUAAAAUAUAAAAAAAUGCAUUCUCAAUAUAAUUUUAGAUUAAGUCAACUUAAUUCUUUCGAUUACCCAAGUAGUUCUAAUUCUAGAUCAACAUUAACUCAAGUGACUUUGGAGUAUAAUUCACAACCAGAAAAAUCACUUACAGAAUAUGGUAAAACUUUAUGUUAUGAAAUAUUGGAUAUAUUAAAAAAAAGUUUUACUUACGAAUUUGAAGUUAGAUUACAUUUGUAUGAAGGUUUAUAUAAUACUGCAAUCAAAAAUCCUGAAAUAGUAGAAAUUAUAUUAGAUAUGCUUUUUUCGCAUUUGAAUCUCUAUCUUCAUGUAGAUGAUAAUAUCUUACCUCCUGUGAAAUUAGAAUUAUGUACAGAUAUUCAUGGUAUGGAUGUAGUUAUGCAAGAACCUAUUGCUCAAUUGAUAUUUGCAUUACAAAAAAUAUAUAUUAAUACAACUACAAAAAAUUCAAGUACUUCUGAAAAAAUAUAUAAUAUUUUGGAAUCAUUAUGUAAAAAAAUGACAAUUAUAGAAUUAGAACAUUUAAAUUUGGAGCAUGGAACUGAUUUUUUUUCUGGAGAAUCAAAAUCACAGAUAAAAUUAAAAAACCUUGGCAUGGCUAUUGAGAUUUGUGAAGCUUUAAUAGCAUUUAGAAUUGGUGAAUGGUCAAAAGGGAAUGAUAAAAUCCUAAAUAAUAUCAAUGAUUUAUUUAAAGCAUACACACGUUUGGUAGAUUUUAUUAAAAUGCAAUCUACAAAAAUGAAAAAAAUUGAUAAUAGUAAAAAUAAGAAAGAUAAAGAUGUCAAUAAUACAACUAAAAAAUCCAUUAAAUCAAAUAAUAUAAAAAUUCCAAAUACUAUUAUGGAUUUAGAUGUGAUUCGUCAAAGUUUGUUACUUUUAUUUUCACAAUCAACUCAAAAUGGUGAUAUACUUCGAAAAAAUCAUAAUUUUUGCUAUUAUAUAUUACAAAUAUGUGAACAACUUUUACAACGGAUAAAAUUGUCUAUAAAAGACAUUUCUCAAUCGCAAAAUCAUCGAUAUUUAAAUACAUAUAUUGAUAUUGGAAAAUUGCUUUAUAAAUAUUUCAUACAAAAUAUAAUUGAUGCUCUUACAAAUGAUGCACAAGUAACUAUAUUAGCUUUGCAAUGUUUCAAAGAAAUCUCUUAUUGUGUAUGUACAUUAUUAUCAUUUGAGUUACAGACAUUUCUCAAUUCAAUUUUUGAAAUACAAUCUAAGAAAGAUUCAAUAUCUAAAGAUAUUAAUUUUCAAUUACAAGAAAUUAUUUUUUCAUUAAAAGAAUAUUUGGAAAAGUUUCUUACAGAAGAUGUAAAUGAUGAUGAGAAGAAAAAAGUAUCAUGUUUAUUAUUAGAAAUAAUGGAACAAUAUACGUAUAAAAUUAAUUUCGAAAAUUAUAAUUCUGAAAAGAUGCUAAAAUGCAUAAAAAAAAUGAUUCAAAUCGAAAAUAUUCAAAGUUCUAUUGUUCCUGCAAUCUUGCAAUUUUUUUUACAUUUAGAAGAACAUACACAAGAAUAUGGAGAAACGUUAAAUGAAAUUUGUAUGGAAUUAUGUGAAAAAGUUGGAACUAUUGAUGGUACUGAGUUAAUAAUGAAUAGAAUAUAUAAAAUUAUACGCGAAGAUACUAUAUUACAAAUUUAUACUGUAUUAAAUAGUCAUAUUAAACAAAAGUUGGAUAAUGCUUCAUGGUUGUUGAUGCGAUUAAAAGCAGAAGACAUCAUAAUUCGAGCACCUGGAACAAUUGAUGAAGUAUGUAAGUAUAAAUUUGAAAUAUCAAAUAAAAAUUUUACAACUAAUUUUACAAAUAGAAAAUUAUAUUAUUUUUAUAUUAUUUUAAUAGUAAAUAAUAAUUUAAAAGAAAAGGAACGAAAUUUAUGUAAACAAUUAUCCUAUCUUGCUCAAGUACUCCAAACAUUAGCCAAUAUAUCAAUUGAAUCAAGUCCAUGUAUUGACAAUACUUUUAAAAAUUUACAAUAUUUGUAUCAUUUACUUGGAAACCUUACAAAAUAUUUUUACACAAAAUCAAAUAUUCAAAAUGCAGCAUUCCAAGCAGUUAAAUUCAUUCAAUUAGUACAAUUAGCUGGUAAACCAUUAAAAUCUACUUUUUAUAAUUUAGUAACAUAUGUAGAGGAAAAUCAAAAUAAAUUACAGUCAAAAUUUGACUCUUAUGCACAAAGAAAUAAAAUUUUAAAAGAAACUAAAAUAAUACCUCGUGUAGUAUAUGAAAUUGAACAAUUCAAUAAAGAAAUAUUAUUACUUGGCAAAAGAACGGGUAUACCAUUAGAAAAUUAUAUGAAACACAGCAUAACUAGAGAUUUUAGAAUAAAAAAUCCAGAAUUGGUAGAAGGACUUGAGAAAAUGGAUACAAGUUUGCUUAAUUCAUCAAGUCCAGAAAACUCUGAAAAUGAAAAUCCUAUUUCAAAUACAGAUGAUUUCAGCGACAAUGAUGAUAAUACAAUACCUUCAAAAAAACGAUGUAGAACAGAAGAUUGAAAUAUUCUUAUUUAAAAUUUGGGUUAAAAGAUAUAAAAAAAAAAAAAAAGAAACAAAAAUUAAACAUAUUUUGUUUUUCAUUUUUUUCUAUAUGAUAUAUUAUGUUUACUUAUAUGAAUUAUUUUCUGUACCAUUUGCACAUCCUAUUGUUCUAACCAGGCUCACUAAACAAUGGAACUUGGAACGAAUUGUAAAGAAUUUGAAAUUGUAUUGUUUGUGGAAUUGUCAUAUUUAUAAAAUUUAUGCUACAAAA